UUAAGAAAAUAGUAUUGUAGGAAAACAUAUCUGAACAGCAAUGCUGAUAACAAUGUAAGUUUUGGAAGGAAUAUUUCUUCCAACAGUACAAUGUUACGGUUACUCUUACUAUUGGCCUUAAUAGGUCUUACAUUAUGCAGAAAUGUUGAGUACUUCAUACAAGCUGAAGAAAUAGAUUGGGAUUAUGCACCUACUGGUCAGGAUAUCAUCAAUGAGGAUCAAUCGAACGCUAGAUAUUACCUGGAAAGAAAGGUCUACAGAAAGGUUGUCUACAGAGAAUAUUUAGACGCUUCAUAUGCAAAUAAAGCUCCACGAAGCGACCACCUUGGAAUCCUAGGGCCGACGUUAAAAGCAGGUUACGGCGAUUUCCUAAUUGUUCACUUCCGGAACUCAGCAAGUCACCCACAUUCCAUUCAUCCGACACGAUUGUCUUACACAAAGGAAAAUGAAGGAAGUCAGUAUGGGGAGUCGCCUGAGGGUAGAGAUGACGCCGUUUCACCGGGUCAUACGUUUACAUAUCACUGGAACGUGACUGCACUCAGCAUGUCUUCACCGGACGUUACGUGUGUGUCCGGUUUGUACUACUCUGACACCGACAGAGUUCGUGACGUCAACAGUGGACUGGUUGGAUUCCUUAUCGUCUGUAAGCCAGAUGGCAUGAGUGAAACUGAAGAUAAGAACGUGAAUAUGCUGUUACAAAGUUUUAAUGAGAACUUGAGCUUGUACAGAGCCCCCGGAGAACCACAGCCGGAUAGUAACAUUAUGCAUACUGUCAACGGCUUUGUUUUCGGAAACCUUCCGUCUCCGCAUGUCUGUACCGGAGAUGACGUCACCAUGCACUUUGGUAGUUUGGGAAGCACGUCAGAACCGCAUACAGUCAGAAUACAUGGCCAUAGUUUUGUGUACAUGGGGAAAAGACAACCAUCAUUACCCAUCGUUUCUGGACUAACAGUAGAUGCACAGUUUCGAGGAAUAGAAACCGGAAGUUGGUUGAUGUCGUCACAAAAUCCAAAACUGAUGAAAUCCGGAAUGCAGGGAAUUGUACUGAUCGAAGACUGUGGAUAUCCGCCAAUAGACUUCAAAGUCAAUGGAGUAAUUCGAAAGUACUAUAUUGCUAUUGAUAACGUCGUGAUCCCUGGACGAAGCGGACCCACUGUAGGAUUUGUCCCUUAUGUUGAUUCACGGUUUACCACAAGAGUGAUGCGUACAAGAAGCGAGGAUUACCUGGGUGUACUUGGUCCACUUCUAGAAGCCGAAAUUGGAGACAUCAUCAAGAUUGUCGUUAAAAAUAACGACACACGUCCUCACUCUUUACAGCCCCAUGGAGGUGUUCGAAUCCACAAGUAUAAUGAGGGCACCUUCUACAAUGACUCGAUCGAUACCAGCCCUAUACAACCAGGCUAUGUCAAGACGUACUUCUGGAUGGUAUCUGAGAUGACUGGUCCUACAGCUUACAAUUUGCCAUGUAUGCCAAGUUUUUAUACUUCCGGUGUUGACCUCAUCAAUGAAAUACACACAGGCUUGAUCGGGCCCAUGUUGAUAUGCAACAGUGGAUUGCUUGAAAACAAGAUACCUAGCACGAGGGAUUUAUUUCUCUUCUACAUACGGAGUAAUACAAAAGGAAGCAAUGACAUCCAUGGAUUGAAUGGCUUUCCACCUAAUGCCUUUCCGCGGAUAGAAAUGCCUCAUGGAGAUGCAUCAGUACUUCACGUCAUGAAUAUCGGAUCUGAUGAUACGGCCUCGUCAUUGUUCAUUGAUGGCCUACCGUUUUCCCUAGAUGGCGCUUCGAUAUUUACUCUCGGAUUGCACCACGGUCUUAUUAGGUCCUUUCGGAUAAAUGGUCGUAAAGAAGGACAAGAAAUUACAAAUACUGCUGGUAAUGAAUUUUCCUUUAACUUUCGAAUUGGUUCGGGUUUAGAGGAAAGAGACCCACUGCCAACUAACAUUUCUGAAACAUUUUACAUUGCGCUACAAAACGAGUUCUUUGAUUACACCGACAGAUGGAUAAGUGAAUAUGAUUGGAGGAGUGUACAGGACGGAGAGUAUCAGACAGGUCCCGAGUUCAAGAAGGCGAUGUUUAAGUGUUAUAUGCGUAACUUCUUCUGGUUUUGUAUCAAGAAAUCAAAAGGACAAAGGCCGCCAAUACGAGUAGUUGCUGGAACAAGUAUCAGAAUAGUCUUCCAAAACAACAGUACACGGAACUACUCGAUGUAUUCCCCCGGCGUAGUGAUACGGCGGUCAGACGGUGGCACACGCCUCGUUGUACAUCCCUGGGAACAGGUCGAAUUUCUAUGGACUAUACCGGAAUCUAUUGGACCAGGAAGUGGGGAUCAAGACUGUGUAAUGAGGAAAUACUAUUCUAACGUGAAUCCUGAGAGAGACAUAGCCACUGGUCUGAUAGGUCCAUUGAUUAUUUGUCGUGACCACGCAGCUCUCGCCUCUGACGAGGCGGUCAGUGUCCCAUUGUUUGUCGGUGUGGUCAACGAAGUGAAAAGCUGGUACAUUGACCAAAACAUCCCAAAUGAACAUAUGUCUAUAAACCGUUCAGAUCCCAGCUUUAUUAGGAACAACAGAAUAACAGUUGUUGAUUACCGUGCAGCGAUAUCAGAGCCAUUGCGAGAAGGAUACGUAAACCAGAAUAUCGGUUUUUAUUUACACAAUGUUGGCGAUACGUUUCAUUCGAUACACUUCCAUGGAUGUAUGAUCACUGCCAGCAGCGACGCAGAACUGAUUGGACAGAAUGUCGUUCCACUCUUUCCUGAGGAAACCAAACACGUGGUAUUCACGUGCAGGGGUAUUGGCUCCUGGAAAUUUGAGGGCUUGAGAUAUCAAGACACGACAUUGAAUCACAAGCUCGUUGGACUGAUGGAUAUCAAUCCUGAACCUAACAGUGGUAUCAGUUAAAAGAGGAUUCCGCGAAAACGUCAUCUACCUGUAGUAAACUAUUUUAUUUGAACUACAAGCUUCUGUAAUGUUGACUUUAUCGCGUGGUUCUGAUGUAAAUUAUUAUGUUGGUAGAAUCAAUCCAUAAACAUUUUUUUCGCAAAACAAAAUACUCAAACAAAAUUGAUAUAAAAAAAAACUGAGAUUUAAUAUACGUACAAAUUAGAGUUUAUACAACUGAGAAUCAUAGGAACAAUUGAAAAAAAUCCGAACAACUGUUUUAUAUGUAAUGCUUUACAGAUUAACAUUUCAUAUUGAUAGUGUUUUACGGUUUCAUUACAUCAAGUUUGUCAAGAAAAAAAAUUAGUGGAUUUAACAUUGUGAUAAUGUAUCUAUAUUUCUGGGGAAUUCAGUGGAAAACCUCACGUUGAAAAUAAAAUAGCUGCUUUGCAUAUCA